AUGUUCCAUAAAAUUGUAACCAUCACUCUAGUCAUCACCCUGAUGAACUACAGCGCUGCCCAAAACUACAACGCCCUGCAACAGGAACCCAACUAUGUCCCGUCUUCCUAUUACUUCUACUAUGACAUUCGGGAUGAAAACACCGGAGAUGUUCAUGGACACAAGGAAACACGAGGGGACGACAAAACCGAGGGCGAAUACUAUCUGAUCGAUGCAGAUGGCUUCAAACGCACCGUCACCUAUCGAGUGGACAGCAAGAGCGGCUUCGUUGCGCAAGUUCAACGGACACCGAUCAAGGGUUACCAGCAGCCCAUGCUUCCGGUGGUGCAGCCACAACAGCCUCAACAACCCUUUAACACUCUGGAAGCGGCCACGAGUGAUUUGUUCGGCUAUCACUAUUAG